AUGACUGCCUUUGCCGUACGACCUCUCCGACCAGCGCUGUCGCUCCCUCCUACUCUUUGCAAUAAUUCCCAAAGCCGAUCUGCACCGACAAAGCUUUCCCUCUUUAUCCCCUCCUCAAUUGACACAAGCGCUCAAAAUGCUCCUUCGCCAUCGUGUAGAACAUUUGGCACUCCUAUCGCAGUCAAGAAGCCAAAGUUGUCAUUGAGUUUUGGAAAUGACACAAGAAAAACAUCCUCCUCGUCGAACUCAUUGAAGCUGAGCUGCAGUCCUUCGAGCGAUGAUGAAAGUACCGCUUCGCAAGAGGAUAUCACAUCGAGGAAUACAGCUGUUAAUACACAUAUCGGACCCGGGUCGUAUAACCCAUUUGGUUCUUGUCGAUGGACUCGAACAUAUUCAUACACUGAGGUCCGUGGAAAGCGAUCGAUAUUAAAGGGAUCGCCUUCCCAUUCCCAAUCGAACUCGCCAGCCUACGAAACAAUGACCCGCAGUGUAACUUUCCAAUCGGAACACACUGUGAUUCCUUCCCCAUCCGAAGAGGAGGAGGACUAUGAGUUCGUUCCUCGCAGACACGAACUGGAAGAUAUUGACAACAUGUCUCCACCAUCCACAACAUCCUCUUCUGAUUCCGAAGAAUCCGAAUCUGACUCGGAACCAAAGACCCCAGUCGAUGACGAAGACACCAGAGGUCGAUGCGUUGACCGAUUUGCAUCUGCUCUGUCUCGCAGCGGAAAAUGGAAAAGGUCGAAGAGAGAAUGGGUAUGGACAUUAGGAGGAUCCGACAGCAAUGACAUUAUGCAAGAGUUGGAAUACAGCAGUGCCAGUCUCAUGCAAGUUGAAGCGAUAUAG